GAUAGAAUCGGAAAAACUUGGCGGUACCGGUAAUAUGAGCGGACAAUUUGAAAAAAUGGCAGAGCAAUCGAAUGCUAGGAAGUUAACUCGCCAUUAUUUCGGGGAGACAUGAUUCUAUCAUUUCUAACUUCAUUUGGAACAAUUAUUUGAAGAACCAGAGCUCAUGGCCUGGAGAAGACUCUGAUCCAUGUUGGGAACUCAGGCAUUGAUGAUGGCAUCCCAGUCCUCUAUGUCAAAGUCAACUGUGAACUUGGUCAACGGUGAUGGCGUCCCAACAGAUUUCCCGUACAUCAAAGACAACUGUGAACUCGGUUAUGGUGACCCAUUGGGCGUCCUCUGUUUCAAAGACAACUAUGAAUUUGAGUUAUCGAUGAUGACCCGUUGGAUGUGUUGUACAUCAAAGACAACAGUGAACUCGGGUUAUUUAUGAUGUUGACCCAUUGGAUGUCCAGCACACCGAAGACAACUGUGAUCUUGGUCAACGAUGAAGAUUCUCAACAGAUUUCCUAAAGAUAUUUCAAGAACGACUUUGAGUUAUCAAGACUGAAUAUUGGCAGGAGUUGUGAACACAUGCAGAAUGGACAUCUAUUGCCAGACUUCAACUCCCAGGAGCCUCCUAUGAUCCUUGAAUGUAACAGUGCAUGCAAGUGCUGGAGGAACUGUCGCAAUCGCUUCAUACAGUAUGGCUUCAGGAUAGAAAUACAGAUGUUUUCAUUAGUUCUACAAUGGGAUGAGUUUUCGGAUGUAGGAUGCAGGAUGUUUUUCGAGGCUCUCUUCUAUAUGAAGCUCUCCUGAAUGCAAGGCUACCAUAUAGCGAGAAUAGCAACGUCACAUCACAUCGUUCCAGAGGCGACGGAUGACAACGGAUACUGUCUAAGGACCAACACGAAGUAGUGACAGAUGACUUGACAGUGCUCUCCUUGUGCUUGUGAACGAUCCCUUCAAAGAGAACUUCCAGUAUCGCGUUCAAGACCUGAGUCCCGUCUUACAAAGUGUUAUGAUGAUCCAAUCAAACGUAACUCUAUGGAAAUCCAUCAGUAUCAUAAUUUUUUCUACAGGAAAUCAACUCCUUCUCCUUUGGAAACAAAGAUAAUCACACUGAAUCUUCAAGAGAACGAUGA